AUGUCCGGCAAGGGCAAGUCGCGCUGGGCCGACAGCGAGGAGGACGCCGCGCGAGAGGCCAAGGCCAGGAAAGAGAAGGAGGAGAAAAAGAGGCUGAAGAAAGAGAAGGCAGAGGCAGCCCGCAGGGCUGAGGAAGAGAGCAAGCGGCAAGCAGCUGCAGCCACAGCCCAGGGGGACGAUGACAACCAAGACGGGCGGCCAGCCAAGAGGCGGAGGCUCACGCCAGAGCGGCCGUCGGAACAACGAGCCAAGGGCGACGGCAGCAGCAGCAGUGGUAGUGCGGCCCCACGGCUCCUGCGGUUUCAGGCGGGCGGCGGUUUCGGGAGGUCGAACAGCGUGGAGAAGUACGACAAGCUCAACGACAUCGAGGAGGGCGCGUACGGCUGGGUCGCGAGGGCCAAGGAGAUUUCGACGGGCAAGGUUGUCGCGCUGAAGAGGCUGAAGAUCGAGCCCAACGACCGGAACGGGCUGCCCGUCACGGGGCUGCGGGAAAUCCAGAUUCUCAAGGACUGCGAGCACAGGAACGUUGUUAAGCUGAAGGAGGUGGUGGUCGGCGAGGACACGGCCAAGAUAGAAAAUAUCUUCCUAGUCCUCGAGUUCCUCGAACACGACCUGAAGUCCAUCCUCGAGGACAUGCCGCAGCCGUUCCUCGCCAGCGAGGUCAAGACUCUCCUCCUCCAGCUCGCGGGCGGCGUCACGUACCUGCACGACCACUGGGUGCUGCACCGCGACCUCAAGACGUCCAACCUCCUCCUGAACAACCGCGGGCAGCUCAAGAUCGCCGACUUCGGCAUGGCGCGGUACGUGGGCGACCCGCCGCCCAGGCUGACCCAGCUGGUCGUCACGCUGUGGUACCGCGCGCCGGAGCUGCUGCUGGGCGCCGCGAGCUACGGCGGGGCCGUGGACAUGUGGAGCGUGGGCUGCAUCUUCGGCGAGCUGCUGACGCGGGAGCCGCUGCUGCAGGGCAAGAACGAGGUCGACGAGCUGACGCGCAUCUUCGAGCUGUGCGGCAUCCCCACCGACGACACCUGGCCCGGGUUCAGGAGGCUGCCCAACGCCAGGUCGCUGCGCCUCCCGCCCAGCAGGGGGAACAGCACGGGCUCCGUCAUCCGCGCAAAGUUCCCCCUGCUCACCGCGGCGGGCGCCUCGCUGCUGAACGGCCUGCUGUCCCUCGACCCGGCCAAGAGGCCCAGCGCGAGGGAGAUGCUGGACCACGAGUACUUCCGCCAGGACCCGCGGCCCAAGUCCGAGGCCAUGUUCCCGACGUUCCCGAGCAAGGCGGGCCAGGAGCGGCGCCGGCGGAGAGAUACCCCGAACGCGCCCGGGCGUGGAGACGCCGUCGGGCUCGGGGCGGUGGAUUUCAGUGGCAUUUUCACAGGAAGGGAGAAGGAGGAACGAGGCGGAGGGUUCUCUCUGAGGAUGGUGUGA